GUCUUGGGCACGAGGGUCCAGACCCCCACGGUGACAGCGCCGCUGAGCUGACGGUGGGCACAGCCCCCCCAGCCGUGAGCAGGCACCAUGGACUGGAAGAAACUCCAGGACCUAUUGAGCGGAGUGAACCAGUACUCCACAGCAUUUGGGCGCAUCUGGCUGUCGGUAGUCUUCGUCUUCCGCGUGCUGGUGUACGUGGUGGCGGCUGAGCGUGUGUGGGGUGACGAGCAAAAAGACUUUGAUUGUAACACCAGGCAGCCUGGCUGUACCAACGUGUGCUAUGACAACUUCUUCCCCAUCUCCAACAUCCGCCUCUGGGCCCUGCAGCUCAUCUUCGUCACGUGUCCCUCUAUGCUGGUCAUCUUGCACGUAGCCUACCGCGAGGAGCGGGAACGGAAGCAUCGCCUGAAGCAUGGGGAGCAGUGUGCCAAGCUGUACAGCCAUCCGGGCAAGAAGCACGGCGGCCUGUGGUGGACCUACCUGCUCAGCCUCAUCUUCAAGCUCAUCAUUGAAUUGGUCUUCCUGUAUGUCCUACACACGCUCUGGCAUGGCUUUACCAUGCCCCGUCUGGUACAGUGUGCCAGUGUGGUACCCUGCCCCAACACUGUGGAUUGCUACAUCGCUCGGCCCACGGAGAAGAAGGUCUUUACCUACUUCAUGGUAGGCGCCUCUGCUGUCUGCAUCGUGCUCACCAUCUGUGAGAUCUGCUACCUCAUCUUCCACAGGGUUAUGAGAGGCCUGAGCAAGGUCAAGUCUACCAAGAGCAGCAGCUCCCCAAAGUCCUCCAGCCGAGCCUCCACCUGCCGCUGUCACCACAAGCUUCUGGAGAGUGGGGAUCUGGAACAAGACCCAGUGGACACCAAGCCGCAGGCUUCAGCGCCCAACCUGACCCCCAUUUGA